AAUUGUUCGCAGUGUGAUCGAAUGUUUAAACAAUUUUUUGAUUGAUAUUGAAUAAUAGCGGGCGCGUGCAGUGUCGUUUCAAAUUAUUUGAUUCAUUUGAGUGUCGACAUCAGCGGAUCGAAAAGCAAACAAAGCUUGCAAUAAUGGGGUCGCCACACUUAGGCAGCCACUUGGUCGUUGCCAUAAUUGUGGCAAUCAUUGUUGUCUUAUGUGGCGCCCAAUCGAGGGCCGAGAUCGGGGAGCUACCAACAGUGCCGCCUCCCCCGCCCACGGCGAGAAGAAGCCUUGGGAAUGCACGUGCGUCAAAUUAUCGCCGUCCACAGACCGGUCCAGCGUCCUCGCACUGCGAGUACAAGGAUUUGCUGAGCAAUUUGCACGACCGUGUUGGCGUGCUGGCGACCUUGGAUGAAGACCAACGUAAUCGCCUGGAGUCGAUCGAUAAGAAAAUCAAUGAGCUGGUCGAGAGCAAUACCGCACGCAUGGAGUCCAUAAAGGUGCAGCAACUGGACUUCCAGAAGCGUCUGGACAGCUUCGAGCAUAUACAGCGUUUGUCGCGCAACACCCUGGACGAGUUGAAAGGUGAAAGCGAUGAGUUAAGGGGUCCUCGCUUGGUGAGAGAGCACUCGCAAAAGCUUAGAAAUCAGAAGCGAUUGAGGGAUCUGUCGCGGAACACUCGCGCAGUACCCGAAGCAGUACCCACAGAUGCCACCGGCUAUCCAGCUGGCAUUUUCCAGAGGGAUCCCGAGCUAGCGCCUGCCGCCUCCACGAGCAGAGCAAACACACAGGACUUGCAACUGGAUGUGCCACAACGCUUGGAUGCUUUGGCCACUCUGCUGGCCUCAACUGCCAUUAAUGUGCAGGAGCUGCAGCAAAAUGUGAGCCGCAUCGCUCAGAACACCAACAUCAUUCAACGUCGUCUGCAUCGCAAGGGCCAGCAAGGACCAUGGGCUCAUGGCUAUUCGGUCGCUCCAUCACAGGCGCCAGGUCCUUAUUAUCCUGCACAGCCGCUGGCCACCAGCUGCCUGCAGAGCUAUGCCGCUACUCUGGGGAUCAUCAAACUGCAGCUGACCCCGGAGGCGGAACCGUUCUACGUGCCCUGCGAGGAAGAUGGCUGGACGAUCAUCAUGCGACGCUCCAAUGGCAAAGUGAACUUCGAGCGUGGCUGGCUGGAGUAUCGAGAGGGCUUUGGCAAUCUGGCCGACGAGUUCUUCAUCGGGCUGGAGAAGCUGCACGCCCUGACGGCGUCCACGUUGCAUGAGCUGCGCAUCCUCCUCGUCGACUUCGAGGGCAACUUGAGGGAGGCUCGCUACAGUACCUUCGCCAUUGGCGGCGAGAAGGAACACUACCCGCUGCGACUGCUGGGCAGCUUCCAGAACAGCGAGGCAUCGGCUGGGGACUCGCUCAGCUAUCAUGCGGGCGCCAAGUUCUCCACCUUCGAUAACGAUAACGAUAACUGCGUGCAAUGCAACUGCGCUCUGAAGCACAAGGGCGGUUGGUGGUACAGCAAUUGUGCCACCAGCAAUCUGCACGGCCAGUUCACGGAAAUAAACUACGCCCACGCUGGCGAGCCGGGCAUUUUCUGGGACACGUUCCAGGGCAAGGAUUACUCACUGCAUGGUGUCAAGAUGCUGAUUCGCCCACUCGUGCGAGACGACGCCAGACGCUGAGUGUGUGUCGAGUCGAGUCGAGUCGGGCCUUCCUUCAACUAUACCAGUAGUUCGGCCUCUUAAUAAAUGUAUAUACUGCCAUGCAUCGAGCCGAUGUUAGUGUAUAAUACCACGAUAUACUCGUGCGUAUGUGUCCAUCACCUCUUGUAACUUAUUAACCCAUUGUGAACUUGUCCACAGCUUGAGAUUAAUGUUAAGAUAUGUGCGAUGCCUAGUUAUAAUCUGAGAUUAAUUUGUUACGAGUAUCGAGAGCUUAGCUGUCUAUUUGUAUCAGAGUCGCUUUUAAAUA